ACAAGUCCUCAUCCCUCGACAUCACCCACUUUCCUACCUUGGCGUCUGUCCACUUGAUCUAACGGCGCCGUUCCUGCCGAAUAUUGCGCGCUUCUUCCACUCAUACUACAGAGCCGCACAUCUACACCUGUUCCUGAGAUGUCGGAGCAGCUAUCUUCUGCUCCCUACCCGACUGUCGCAGUCUUCGACGUUGAUCGCCGGUCCUCGUAUCCCGACGACAUGAGCACCACCUCCAGCACCUGCUCGGUCAGUGACCAGGACCACCCCAAGGGCGGCGACCCCACGAUGCGCCCGCGUCUGGGGAGCAGGAAGUCCAGCGGCACCAUCAUCAUCCCGCGCGACAGUCCUCACGUCGAGCUCAAGGAGGAGGAGUACGAUGAUGGAGAUGCCCGGACCAUGAGCCCUCGCCGAAGCAGUGAGGAGAUUGAGAAGAUGGGCCAGGACGCGAGACAGGCCUUGAUAGAACAAGCCAAGCAACUCCAAGCAAGCCUAAUGGAGAUUGUCGACCGUGUAGAGGUCGUCAAGUCAGAACACGAGAAGCUUGAGGGCGGCAACAAAUUCCUGCAGUCAUACAUUGGCGAGCUCAUGCAAACCAGCAAGCUUACAUCCUCUGGCGCAGGCAAAGCCUCCAAAGCCAAGGGUAAAGGACGAAUCAUCAAAUAACAAUCAGCGCUCCCAGCCCCUAGGCUAGUCGCCUACCACGAUGGCUGGGGUCGCGGAGCACAUCAUGUUGGCAUUCCGCCAGGACCCCAUCGCAUCAUCGACGCGACACGCCUCACCAACCCCCACUACACGAGCAUCAUGAUCAUCUACUGCCUCACACAUUAACCACACUAUACAUUCGACUCAUACUCAACUGAUUGCGUUUACGAGCGUUGCAUCACGGCAUGGGAUCCGUUGGCGUUCUUCACUUCGUUCGAUUCAGCACAAUUGCUUUGUGUUACCACUUUUCAACUUCGUAACCUCUAUUUCGACAAUUUCGACAAUCCCCACGGGAUCUGGCUUUGCCGAGCCGUUGUUUCACAACUCGCUACACAAUUAUACCACGG